CCUGAGCGGAUACGGGCGCGUCCACGUUAAUCUUCCCUCAUCCGGAAACAAUGGAUGAAUGAAUGAAAUGAAAGCAAGACGGUGUUGAUAAGAAUUUAAUCAGCUGCAUUUUUGACCUACGCGUUUUACGUGUACGAUUACACUUGAACGUUUCAGACUGUGAUUGAAAAUCCCACAUUUUUCUGUUUAUUCUGCCGUGUAAGAGGCGGAGUUGCCCAGGGUCAGAAUCAAGAUGGCCGCCUUCACUGAAAGGAUGGCACCUACCCUUGUGCUCUGGCUUGUUGUUUGUCUCAGCGGGACACUGGCUGUGGACAGAGCCAACUUUAAAACCUGUGACCAGAGUGCCUUCUGCAAACGUCAGCGUGCAUUGACUCCUGGCGAGUCUCCAUAUCGAGCCCUCCUGGAGACUAUGGAGCUGACCAGCACAAGACUCACUUUGCAGCUCAAGAAUGACAAGAACAAGGUGCGUCUUCUGCUGGAGCUUUAUCGUCUUCAAGGAAACAUAACGAGGGUGAAGAUUAAUGAGCUGAAGCCGUUGAAGCCUCGAUAUGAGGUCCCAGACGUGCUCAUCCAAGAGCCCCCUACAGAGCCCCUGUCUCUCUUGUCUCAGGAUGAGAACGGAGUGGUUCUGUCUCUGGGUGCAGAGUCUCAGAGGGUGAUUGUCAGUGCGCGGCCCUUUCGAUUGGACAUUAUGGAGGGGCGAGAUGUGUUGCUGUCGCUAAACUCGCGGGGCCUCUUGGCGUUUGAGCACUUAAGGCUACGCAAGGACACUUUCUCCUAUUUAAUAACUAGCAAAUUUGCUAGUGUGUGGAAUAAUGUCAAGGGUGUAUUCUCUAGACAGGCAGACCAAGAAGCUGAGGACUCAGAUCCGGAAAAUGAGGCUAUAUUGGAAGAGAAAGAUGAAGACGGGAUGUGGGAUGAAAUGUUUAAAUCAUUCUCAGACAGCAAGCCAAAUGGCCCAACUUCCGUCGGGCUGGACUUUUCAUUGCCUGGGGUUGAGCAUGUCUAUGGCAUCCCGGAACACGCAGACUCUCUCCGGCUUAAAACUACAGAGAAUGGGGAUCCAUAUCGUCUGUAUAAUCUGGAUGUGUUCCAAUAUGAGCUGCAUAACCCUAUGGCACUUUAUGGGUCUGUACCUGUCAUGUUGGCCCACAAUGCUCAACGGACAAUAGGAAUGUUUUGGCUCAAUGCUGCUGAAACGUGGGUAGACAUUAGCUCCAACACUGCAGGGAAGACUGUGUUUGGAAAAAUGCUGGAUUACGUGCAGGGCUCCAGUGAGACACCACAGACAGAUGUGCGUUGGUUCUCAGAAAGUGGCAUAAUUGAUGUUUUCAUUAUGCUUGGCCCCACACCAAAAGAUGUCUUUUCACAGUAUGCCUCCCUGACAGGCACCCAGGCCUUCCCUCCUCUGGCCGCAGUGGCCUACCACCAGUGCCGCUGGAACUACAAUGAUCAAGAAGACAUUAAGACUGUGGAUGCAGGCUUUGAUGAGCAUGAUAUUCCCUAUGAUUUCAUCUGGCUUGAUAUUGAGCACACAGAUGGAAAACGCUAUUUUACCUGGGAUUCGAGCAAAUUUCCCACACCCAAGGAAAUGCUUCAGGGACUCAUGGAUAAGAAGCGCAAGAUGGUAACCAUUGUAGACCCUCAUAUAAAAGUGGACAGCAGCUACAAGAUCCAUAAUGAAAUCAAGUCGCAAGGCUUCUACACAAAGACUAAAGAUGGCAGCGAUUAUGAGGGCUGGUGUUGGCCAGGCAGUGCCGGCUAUCCAGACUUCAGCCGUGCAGACAUGAGAGCUUGGUGGGCCAGUAUGUUUGCCUUCGACCAGUAUGAGGGAACGAUGGAGAACUUGUACACAUGGAAUGACAUGAACGAACCUUCAGUGUUCAACGGGCCCGAGAUCACCAUGCACAAGGACUCAAAGCAUGGAGACUGGGAGCACCGUGACUUGCACAACCUUUAUGCCUUUUAUGUGCAAAUGGCCACAGCAGAGGGCCUGGUUCAGAGAUCAGGUGGGGUUGAAAGACCUUUUGUCUUGACUAGGGGCUUCUUUGCUGGAUCACAGCGCUAUGGCGCUGUGUGGACUGGUGAUAAUGCUGCUGAAUGGGGCCACCUUAAAAUUUCUAUUCCCAUGUGUUUGAGUAUGGGCCUAGUUGGAAUAGCUUUUUGUGGUGCUGAUGUUGGGGGCUUCUUCAAGUCUCCUAGCCCAGAGCUGCUGGUGCGUUGGUACCAGACAGGAGCCUACCAGCCCUUCUUUAGAGCCCACGCCCACUUGGACACGCCUCGUCGGGAGCCAUGGCUCUUUGGUCCGGAAAACACCGCUUUGAUCCGAGAAGCUGUGCGCCAACGCUAUAGCCUCCUGCCCUAUUGGUACCAGCAGUUCUACCACACAUAUCGCACUGGAAACCCUGUCAUGAGACCACUAUGGGUGGAAUACCCUCAAGAUCCAGCUACAUUCGCUCUGGAGGAUGAGUUCUUGAUUGGUAGAGACUUGUUGGUGCAUCCAGUCACUGAGGAGGGAGCCACUGGUGUAACUGCAUACCUGCCAGGAAAAGAUGAGUUGUGGUUUGAUGUCCACACAUUCCAAAAGCACGAUGGUGGCCAGAACCUUUACAUUCCAGUCACUAUGAGCUCUAUCCCAGUUUUCCAGCGUGGUGGCUCCAUUAUUCCCAGAAAACUUCGAGUCCGCAGAUCUUCCAGCUGUAUGGAACAAGACCCCUACACAUUGUACGUUGCCCUUAGUCGUCAGAGAACUGCAGAAGGAGAACUCUACAUCGAUGAUGGGCACACUUUCAACUUUGAGAAUAAGGAGUUCAUUCACAGAAGGCUUUCUUUUGCCAAUAACCAACUCUCCUCUGUGAACCUUUCCCCUGAGGCCCACUUCUUAACUCACUCCACCAUUGAACGCAUUGUCAUACUGGGAGUUAGUAAGCCCAGAAAGGCUACCCUGAGGACCGCGGAUGGUCAGACAAGCCAGCUUGAGUUUGACUUCGAUGCCGCCACGUCAGUCUUGACGCUCCGCAAGCCUGGCAUGAAUGCGGGCACUGACUGGACUGUAAUGUUACAGUAACCAUGAAGACAGCAGAGAAGGAGCAGUAGGAACAAGUGACUGAAGAGAAGAGAAAUGAGCAACAGGACUCCCCACUGUGUAAACUUGGACAUAAAUGCACCCAACCAGACAUACACAUUUCACUCCCAUAUGUCAAGUACCUGUACUCACACUAUGCUCCUAUGUGAACUCAAAGCCUCUAUACUCAUGUGCCCCUUUUGUGAGGAAUGGUAUGUAGAUAUUACAAGUAAAACAUCAACUCAUAUUCUGAGCCCCAUGAGCGGAUAUAAUUGUCAUAGCAAAUACAAAUUAUGUUAAACCUCAGCCAAAUUUUUCACCUAGCAAGAAGAAAGUAAUCCUGUCCCUUGCCAUUUUUAUAUAAUUGGCAUUCUUAGCCGCUUCAAAAUGAAUGAAUAUAGUAUGUAAGGAAGGAAUUCUGUUCGCUCUAGUAAGUGAUCAUGUUGAUCAGCUGCUUUUUUUUUUCUCCCUUAAACCGCUUCUUGGCGAUAGGAGUUCUUUAGGCUACUGCACCACUGAUCUUUGUGGAUCAUCCUGUUGACAAGUUAGAUUUUUUUUUUUUCAUGUUUGUAUUCACAUUGUGUACUGUCAAUUUUAAUGCACUUCUGGCAACCUUUAGAGUUGUUUCGAUUUCCAUUUUGAAU